GAGUUUUCGAACCCCACGUUGUCAACAUCAACUACCGCUGUUUGUUCGACUUGCAAUUGAUCGUAGUAGAGAUUGAUCUCUCAUCAGCCUGUUUUAUCUCCUGCCCAAGACAAGAUGGCGGACGCAAUUGAUUAUCAGGCGGUUCAUGACCUCCUUGUGUCGGUGGCGCACAGGGCUGGAGAUAUGAUGACGGCGGCAACGCCUGUGUCUGGGAGCACGGGCAUCAAGAAGAAUUCGGCCGACCUCGUCACCGAAACCGACCAAGCCGUCGAGAAGAUGGUCUCUACCACGCUCAAGCAGCACUACCCAGACUUCGCCUUCAUGGGCGAGGAAACCUACCAGCCAGGCGACAAGCUCACGCCCGCACCCACCUUCAUCUGCGACCCCAUCGACGGCACCACCAACUUCGUCCACCGCUUCCACGACGUCUGCAUCUCACUCGGCCUCGCCGUCGCCCGCACCCCCAUCGUCGGCGUAGUCUACAACCCCUUCACCCGCACGCUCUGGUCCGCAGUCCAAGGCCAGGGCGCCUACAAGUACACCGACAGCACCGCCGCAACACACUCCACGAGCGCAGCCGCACGCGCGCAGAAACUGCCCCUGCACGACCCGGCGCCCAUGCCGGACCUAAGCACGUGUCUGGUCGCGGUAGAGUGGGGCUCGGAGAGGACGGGCAACGACUUUGCGGUGCGCAGCCGCACGUUUGCGCGGCUGUGCGCGAGCAAGGAGGCGGGCGGGGCGAUGGUGCAUGGGCUGCGCAGCUUUGGCAGUGCGGCGCUGAAUCUGUGUGAGGUGGCCAGUGGGACGCUGGAUGCGUACUGGGAGGCUGGGUGUUGGGCGUGGGAUGUGUGUGCGGGCGUGGCGAUUCUACGGGAGGCCGGGGGCGUGUUUGUGGAUGGGAAUGCGGGGGGUUGGGAGGUGGGGAUUGAUGAGCGGAGGCAUUUGGCUGUGCGGGCGGGCGAGGGGCAGAAGGGGGUUGUGGAGGAGUUUUGGUCGAUGAUUGAGGGGCGGUUUGAGGUUGGGGCGUGAGGGCGGAGCGGUGUGUGUGUAUAUUUAUAUAUAUACAAAAGGGAGUGUCGAGAUGUGGUCUAGACAUGGAGAACCAGAAUGCAUCCGUGCUCUUCGACAGUCAAGUACAAUGGAUGGAUGCAGAACAUGGCGUCCGUGGCGUCGUCUGAAGGAUUGCCAUGUGUGUGUGUGUGUGUUGACGCAGUGUCACAUUCGUAUCUUCAGGUAGGACGACCACACAGAUAGAUCUAUAUAAAAGCCAUAAUACUCGUUUAUCGUACAUGC